CGUGCCGAGCUGGAGAGGCCUAGGAGGCUGCGGCGAGGGUGUGAAUGAGGCCUGAGUGGCCGUCGUGGGAGACGGACAUUGCCCAUGGAUGAGCUGGUGCAUGAUUUGGCCUCAGCCUUAGAGCAGACAUCUGAACAGAACAAGCUGGAUGAGUUGUGGGAAGAAAUGACUCUGAGUCCAAGGCAGCAGCGGCGGCAACUUCGCAAGAGACGGGGCCGCAAACGGCGCUCAGACCUUACACAUCAGGCAGAGCAUGCUUGCUGCUACAGCGGGGCCUCUGAAUCCAGCCUGGAUGAAGCUGUGGAGGACUGCCGGGAAGUGCUGACAGCCAACUUUAGUGACUCGGAUGACAUGACAGGAGUCAAACGUCAUCCAGCACUCAGUGGAACUCUCAGGAGUAAGCAGCAUUCGUGGCAUGAGUCUGAUUCAUUCACUGAGAAUGCACCUUGCCGACCACUCAGACGUCGUCGAAAAGUUAAGCGUGUGACAUCAGAGGUGGCUGCCAGCCUUCAGCAAAAACUUAGGGUGUCAGAAUGGAGUUAUGAAAAGGGUUGCAGGUUCAAGUCUGCUAAGAAACAGCGCCUGUCUCGGUGGAAAGAGAAUGCACCCUGGACACCAUCCAGCCGGGGGCUCUGUGAAUCAGCAGAGACCAGGGCCUUCCUCAGCAAGGGGGGAAGGAAUGAGAGAAUGGAAUGUGAAGCGGAUGAACAGAAACAGGGUUCUGAUGAAAAUAUGUCUGAAUGUGAAACCAGCAGUGUGUGCAGCAGCAGUGAUACUGGCCUAUUCACGAAUGACGAAGGCCGUCAAGGAGAUGAUGAACAGAGUGAUUGGUUCUACGAGGGGGAAUGCGUCUCAGGGUUUACUGUCCCGAACCUUCUCCCCAAGUGGGGAACUGACCACCGAUCAGAUGUUGAGAGAAUGGAUUCCAGCCUUGAAAAAGUUUCAGAUCCAACGUUCCUUCUGCCUUCUCGGCCUGCUACAAGAGGAUUUCAUGGACGCUUGAACCGUCUUCCCAGCAUUGCUUCCCGUUGCCUCAGAAAGGGCCGCCGAAGGCUAGUUGGCAAGGAGACCAUCAUGAGUGCUAUUGGCACUGAGAGGAUUAGCCACAUCAUUGGUGAUUCAUGCCAAAAAGAUUUCUGGUUGCCGUCUGUGGGAAUGAGGGAUCGCAACCAGUUCAAUCCACUAUCUCCUCUGUACUCUUUGGAUGUUCUUUCUGAUGCCUCUCACCGAAGGUGCUCCCCAGCACACUGCACAGCCAGGCAGACUAAUCUCCAUCUGGGACCUCCAUGCUCAAGGGACAUCAAGAGGAAGCGGAAGCCAGUAAUGGCAACAUCCUCCCUUUCCAGCCCAGCCUCAGCAGCUUUAUCCAUCCACAUAGAUGCAUCAGACCCUGGUCCACCAGUGACACACUCCCAGAGACACCAGAACUGACUGGACAGGCCAGAGUCCUUUCAUUGGAGAAAAAUACCAUAUCUACCCCAGACAACUCUUUUAAAAUGCCAUAGGAGAAAGUUCUUGACCGCUGCUAGAUGGAGGCAGCUCUUCCUUUGAAUAACCAGCUGGGUGUUCUGCUUGUUGGACUUCAGAGUAUGUCAGUAUCUUUAUCAACUGCCUUGAUUGACCGUAGCCAUCUCUUCAAUGUUAGCAUGUGAUGUUCACCUCUGUGAAAACUAUUUGUUUGCCCCACACGUUGUUCAAAUCAUGUUUUAAAAAUGCCUAAGUGAUGCUGGGGUUUCCACAUUUUCAGUUUCCUCCUGUUUCUGCGUAAGUAUUUACCCUAACACCUCCUUUAACACUACGAUUAUUUUCCUGAAAAAUGGUGUGAAGUGAUACAGCUCUAUAAGAAGUAUUGGUAACACUGGUUCUAAUGCCUUCACGGUAUCACCAUUUCUUAUGUAUGAAUGGCAUGAGAUAGCAGCUGGAGGAAGUGGCAACCACCGGCUGACUGCCUCUGCUGGCCUCGUGUGCUAGAACUUCUCUAGGUUGCCUUCCCAGUUGAGGCUUCCUCCCAGGAGAGCUGCGUCCACCUUCUCUGUCAGCCCCACAGCUCCUACUGAGGCAUGGGUCUUCAAGCUGUGCAAGUCUUCGGUAGAUCUCCGGUGUAGUUGGGAGAUGGUUGUCCUGCCCACAGCAGUGCCACAUCACUUCCAGCUGGACCAAUCAUGCUAUAGAGCCACCACCCAACCCCCUCCACCAUAUGUUAUUUUUUAAAAAAAUUAUACCCAGGACAGUUUGUGCUAUCAUGCUACAGUUUUAAUGGAUGUAUAACCGUAUUGCACACUAAUCUCCAACCCCAACACCUGUCAGCAGCUGCUGAAGGUGCGUACAAAAUAUUACUGGAUAUUUCAGAUGUCUGUCUUUGUUGCAAAAUUCUUCAUCCCUUGGAUGUUAUCAGCUCUAGAACGUCAUGUGUUCUGCAGGAUAGAUUCUAAUUUCAGUGCUUUGCGGGGUGGGGCUGGGAUAGAGCCCGUGUCUUUGGCAAGCAGAGAUCUCUGAUUAGCACAGAGGUUCACAGAGGAUAAAACAUGUUAUCUGAAUAGGAUGGCUUGAAGUUUUGCAUUGGGAACGUUCUCAAAGGCUACUUGUUGGCCCAAAUUUUGAGGAAGUCGACUGGCUCAGCCUCCAUCGGGAGUGACUGUUGGCUUUCUGUAUAUACAGCUCUAGAUUUUUCCUCCCGUGUCACUGGGGCAUCCUAAUAAUGGAUUUUAAUUAGGGUUCCUUUCCAAUUGGCCUUGUUUUCCUGUGUUUCAUGAUGCACAAGUCAGUGGAACCAUAAAUGCACAAAAUGGGCUGUCAUGUGGGAUGCUCUGCAAUAUAUACUCCUUAUAGCGAAUGACAAUGAAAUGGAUUACCAAUCAUGGCUCUUCUCUUCUGGAAGCUAUUGCAAAGGCUCUGCUGAAGUAUUAAUCUGAAGUCCCCGUGUCGCAGUUCUAAUAAAUAGCCUUUUAAAUACCUUGUUUCAAAGCAGUGUUCGUACAGAUAGGAUCACUUAAUUGAUCCUCUUCAAACUAAGAUGCUUCCUGCAGUAUAAUGUCCCUCCUGGACAGUACUACACGGGAAAGGAUCUACUGUGUUUUAUUCUGCAUUUUUGGUAGCAUUAUAUUCAUUACAGUGUAGGUCUAGGACGUGGUACCUUUUUGGUUUCUCGAGCAACCUUUCUUUUCAUUGCUACCAAUCUUCAGUACAUGUGAGCAAAGUUUCAAAAGAUAUCAAAUCAAAGUCAAGUUUUAGGAAUCUUGACAGCCACGUACCCAAGAUCUUUUUUCUAAUUUUGUUUGCAGUAUGUUAUCUCUGUAUCUUAGUAAUGGCAGGGUGCUCUUCUUUAUUGAAUGGCCUGUUUGAACCCUCCGUCAGGUUUUAGUUCCAUAAACAUGCCUGGAUGGCUGGUAGACAGUUAACCAUUAGAUCUUUGAUGGGAUCCCAUUGGCUGUAUGGCAGUUGAGAUGGGAAGAGGAGCGUCCUGCUGCUCAGACUGGAGGUCCAUCUAGUCCAGCAUCCAGUUGGCUGCCUUGUACCUUAAAGGUAUAAGGCUGGAGCAAAUGGAACCACAGACCUGAACUGCUACUUGUAUGCAUACUCCCCCCCCCCCCAAUCAUGGGAAGCAAAUUGAAGUUGCUUAGAUGUGGAUGAGAGCUUAAUAUGUCCGAGUUGCUUUUAAAACUGUUUUGAUUUCUUUGGCCUGUAAAACACACACACACAGAGACAACAUAAUACGGGCAUAAGAAAAUGUAUUAACUGUAAAAAUGUUACAACCCUUUAGGCCAACAUCAAUUAUAUUGAUAGAUUUUGUCACAUGUGAUAUACUCAUAUUAUCAAAUAGUGUAGAACAGCUCACUUAUGCCUUAUUAGUAUAGUUACAUUUGUGAUGCCUUGCCUGUGCCUGAGCCAUUAACAUCAGUCUUCAGUCCUGACAUAAAUUAUACGUAAACACUUUCUGUGCUUUUAAUGACUUUAAAGUUGAUGUGGAAAGUCCCUUUAAUCUGUACUGAGGAUGUAUGUCCAGGACUUAUUUAGGUUCUGUGUGAAGAUUUAUAAAGGGACUUGGAGAGCUGCCAUUGUGUUGCUUCCAGGUUAGUCUCUUUGGUCACAGUCCACCCCCACCUCCUGGAAGAUCUCCUGUGCAAGCCCUAUGGAGAUGAACAAGAGCAAUAUCUUGUGUUGUGUACAGUACUGAACACUCCUGUGCUGCAUAAUGGGUGACCUCAAGAUCAUGAAAAAUUUAUUAUUCUGCUUUUGAUUUAUUUUGGGGGUACAAAAUCAGUUAAAGGGAUGCAUGUGAAAAACUCCCUAUCACUAAGCUUACUAAAGUGGUACUGAGUUGCAGUUUCACUAGUUCUUUCUUUUGAUGAACUGUUCUCUUAAUUUUUAUCUCAUUUCUCCAUAUGGUGUCUACAAAAUAUGAAUCAAAAACCUAAUUGUUUGAAGGAAUCUGGGAAAAGGCACAAAUGUAUAACUUUACAGCUUCUCUUUGAAACUUUCCCUUCCUUUUAAAAGAUUUAUUUGUAAGAAUGUAAAAUGCUUCUGUUGAUGUGCAUAGCCACUACUAUACUUACAGUAAGUCCAGUUUUCAAAUAAUAUGAAUAUUUGCUUAGCAUCUGAAUCUUAUUAGCAAGACCCAGUUUUACACAUAUUAAAAUU